AUGAGUGAACCCGCAUCAUUAGGCGUGAAGAAAGAUCCGAAAGAUGUAUCCAGUAAACAAUUGGUUGGCGGAGGUUCCUCGUUUCCGAACCUGAACGACGAUGGGUUUCCGGCGGGUCCGUCACUUAAAUCGCCUACCCCGGCGGAAGAUACCACCUUCUUGAGUGACGACGAUACGAAAACACUUACUAUGCUGGAACCGGUGAAGAAGGCCGCAGGAGGAGCGGCUAGGAAGAGCUUUCCCGCUGCUGCUAAGGUUGUUCAGAAACAUUCAAAUGUACAUCGUAUAAUACCGGAGAAGAUCGCACUGGUGGAUAAUGGCAAAGAAAAGAAAACACUCGACAAGGAGUCGUUCCCGAACGAUAGUAUAAUAGAAAAGAUGCGCAGCAAGCUUAGCAAACAGAUCGAUCGGACCCCGUUGAAACCCGCACCCGGUAGCCCACCGUUGGACAUGAGCGGUGCGAUUGAGAUACCGCAGGAUCUUAUACUGAGUAACGAUAUACCGCAAACUCCGAUCGCGGCCCCAGAUACGAAAGAAAGCAAACUGGACGAUCACGACCUGAUCGCCAUACUGGAGGGCAACGUUGUUGCGAUUCGUGAAAAUGCAUCCGAGAUUGAAGUAUGCGUUGGUACGGAAGAGGCCAAGGAAGCGGGUGAAGAGAUGGAGGUUUUGUCCUUUGCGAUUAUCAAUCCGGAUGAGCUAGAGCACGCUAAAAAGGAACGGGAAAAAGAGAUUGCCCGCCGCCAGAUGGAAAGUUUGCCGUUGCUACCGAAAGUGAGAAAACCGCGUACUAAAACGGUUCCUAAACGGGGCGCUAAUCAGCCAGACGCACUGGUGGAGAAAUAUCCAAUAGAGGUUAAACAAACGCCUGUACCGGUAAUAAAAUUACCCCCAGGCAUAACCAUCAAGGGACAGACAACGAUUAAACCGCUCGUGAAGAUUCCUCUGGACAGUGGUUUGACGAUCAAGAAGGAGCCACAACCGCCGGAAGCAGUUAAAGGGACGUUAAGCAAAAAUAUAAAAGAAAAGCUGCCAAAAGAUUUGACAUUGUCUACUGUUCCGGUGAAGAAAACGGUAAAUACACCGGACGCUUCACCCGACAGCUCGCCGAAAAAAUCACAGCUGGUAGAUUCGCUCGUUUCCGACUGGGAUGAUGAACCGGCGGCUCAACGUCACGAUGUGGAAGAUGCGCCAAUGCUACCGGAAAACCAAUUACCAACCUCUGCCCCCAUGCACGAGACACCAAUGGAGAGCGAUGGGCAGAAACAGUUCAUUCCGCCUUCUCCAAUUGCAGAACCGAAGCGGUUGAUAAAGCGCAAAAUUAUAUGGGAUCCAUCGGAUUCGAGCAUACCGUUUGCAAGCUUGGUCAAAUCAAACCGUGCCCAGUCAACGAAUUUAAAUGCAAACCCACCGACAAAUUUGAUUCCGCUGCGUCGCAAGCGGGCGGAUUCGGUGGCCGUGCGGAUGAUUGACAACACGCCCCAGUUUAGUAUGGUGGAACCGGUUCGGCAGCGCGCAAAGACUCCGGAACUGGGACUGGUCAUUGAACGGGAAACGGUUCCACCGAUGGUGGCCAAGGGCGAAGAGCUAACAAACGAUCUCAAGGCAAAAAAAAGGAAGAAAAACGAAAUCGAACGUUUGCUUGGGGACGAGGGCGCCAUCAACAUGCUGUACGAUGUGGAGUGUGAAACGAACCGGAAAGAUCUCCUUAAAGCAACCGAAGUAGACACAAGUGAUGAGGACGAGAAAUUGCUUGCUAAAACAAAAAUCAUAACCGAUGUAGUCAUAAAUCAGGGUAAAUCGCCAAACGAGUCAACAGCUCCGCAGGGUUUGCGCAUCAGGACGAAGCGCUCGACGACACCGAUGAACCAAGUGGUAACAUCACCAACGAGCGUCCCUCAAAACAACACCAAAGCGUCCGUUUCGCAACCCACCUCGUCCGGUUCGGUAAACAGCCGCUCGGUGAAAAAGCCCACAAAUGGUACGACCAGCGUCCCUCCGAUAACGGGUGCACGCAAGCGCAAGAUGACAGCGUCUGCCGCAAAGGAAUGGGAAUAUGUGUAUAAUGCGCAACGAAACGACGAUGCUAUGAUCAUACGACGGCGCUCGAAUAGUAGCUACUCGAGCGGUGCUAGCCCGCGCCGUUUAAGCUUCGACCAAACGAACGAAAGCGGAACCGGAUUUGGGUCGGAAAAUUCCACCUCCCCACAAAGCGCAAGCAACAGCAAAGCUUCGAAUCCACAGCCGCCGGAAGAAGGGUUCUUGUUUGCCAAACCACCCAACAAGAAUGAACCACAGCGUACGGUAACGAAGCCUCCCGGUACGGCGACCAUCGAAGAGAUCAAGUUUAAUCCUUCGCUGGUAGCGAACAUGAGGGGCAAGCUUACGAAGGUGCUGAAAGGUAUGAAAAUGGGUCCGUUGGCAACAAGCACACCCGGACAGGAUGAACCAUCCAAAGGCAACAAACAGCCAGUGAAACGCAAGCCCACUCCGAGCGAAUCGGUCGAUGUGGUGGAUUCGCCUUCUUCAAGUGUAGAUGUAUUACCGACUAGAAGUAACGUUAGCUUACAAAAGCAGCUGGAACAGCUUAAGGAGAUGACAUGCGUCAGGCAAGGAAACUAUGCGGAAAUAGUACUAUCGUCAAAGGGUGUCUUUAACGAAGAGGGAGGAAACUCUUUGACGAACGUGUUUUCGCAGGAUUUGAUGCACGGGUUGAUCAACGCCUUGGCUGCGCUGCAGCGCGAUUCAACCGUACGCGCCGUGUUGAUACGAUCAGCUGGUGAACACUUUAGCCGUGGCUUGGACGUGGGGCAUUUAAUACAGCCAGCCGAAAAGCGAAAAGAAAUUGCCGAAGAAAUGAGUGCGUGUGUAAUGAAGUUCCUGAGGGUAAUCAUUAACUUCCCGAAACCGAUCGUAGCGGCCGUACACGGUGAUGUGCUCGGUAUGGGCGUAACGAUACUGCCCAUUUUCGACUUGGUAGUCGCCCAGAUGGGCACCAGUUUCACCGCACCGUACGGACAUUUCGGAUAUCUGCCCGAAGGCAUGGGAGCAUUCACCGGCUGCCGAACGUUAAAGGGGAAAACGGUGACGGAUCUGUUUCUGCAGGGCAAACGUUUGACGGCAACGGUAGCGUUGGAUUACGGGCUGGUAACGGAAACGGUACCACCGGAGCGUUUUGAAGAUCGUGCCCGUUCGGUCGCGAAAACGAUAGCCUCCCAAUCCGUCCAGGCAAUGCAAUCCAUUAAACAACACCUGCGCCGAGAUCUUAUAGCCAAACUGGAGACGAUUUUGUGGUUGGAGAAGAAAAAGCACUCCGAACAAUGGGUAACGGCUGAGUGUCAACAGAAGUUUAAGCUGUUCGUAAGCAAGAAAGGAGAGCUUUGA